AUGCAGUUGACACUCUCUUCUAUCUUGUUGUCCCUUGCCGCUUUUUCCACCGCGGCAAGCAUUCCUAUUGCCCGAACGACGUGCGCUGAAGCUUAUCGAUUCGGUGGAGUCCCAUCCUUAUCGCCAAGCACAGUUGCUCCAGGAGCUUCUGUGGAAAUCCAAACGGACUUCACUUGCGCUUUCUACUUCGGCAUCACACCUACCUACACCGACUACUACAUCGAGGUUCUUAGCAACAACAGCGGAUACGAGCCGAACAUCCUUCUUGCUCGCCGCCAACCCAAUAUCACCGCGUCCUCGCCCAUCGAUAAGUUUACCGUCACAAUCCCUGACGCGACCUACACCUCUGGUGCAAACUACACUGUGGUUAUGGACGUUACGUACCCGAUCAAUGGGACAAAUGGCACGCCCGUAUAUGUUGUUGGUGGUCUCGAGAGCGCAAUUACUAUUACUUAA